GGGGGAGAGGAGGGGAAAACUAGACCUGCAGAGUGAAGAAAGCUGGUAAUAGAUGUCUGACAAACUAAGGAAGGACUUGCGCUACCACAAUUCAGACAGCCUGGAAUAUCAAGAUUCAUCUUUUUCACUAAUUGUGGCAUUCACAGAUGCAAACUAUUGUUCCUGGGUGUGUUGUGAGAGUAUUGCCAAAGGAGAUUAACAUUUGAGUCAGUGAACUGGGAAAAGCAGACCCACCUCAAUGUGGGUGGGCAACAUCCAAUCAGCUGCCAGCGUGGCUAGAAUAAACCAGGCAGGAGAAGAUGGAAGAGCAGACUUGCUGAAUCUUCCAGCCUUCAUCUUUCUCUUGUGCUGGACACUUCCUGCCCUCAAACAUCAGACUCCAGGCUCUCGUCUUUUGUACUCUUGUAUAUACAUCAGUGGUUUACCAGGGGCUCUCAGGCCUUCAGCCACACACUGAAGGCUGAAUUGUUGGCUUCCCGACUUUUGAGAUUUUGAAACUUGGACUGAGCUACUGCUGGCUUCCUUGCUCCUCAGCUUACAGAUGCGACUUCACCUUUCGAUCGUCAAAGGUGGACUUCUGAAUCAUGGACAAACCAGAAUUCUUGCCCACCAGUGGUCCCACGACUUGAUUUGGGAAGCCUUGUUGACUCUGAUGAUGAGGAUCAGAACAUGAUACCUGAAAAUUUGCCAAUACCAACAGACAAAUAUAAACUAAAAUAUCAGCAAUAUAAAAUGGAAAUGAAAGAGGGCUAUAAGCAGUAUAGUCAGAUAGAUGCAGAAAAUACAAAAUCAAAUGUUACACAUCAACAGUCUCCAAGAAACAAGAUAGAUGAAAAGUGUGUGCAACAUAAAGAAGCCAACACAGAUGACCUUACAGCUCUGGAUAGGAAAGCCCUCUUACAGCAAGGUUAUGCAGACAACCCUUGCGAUAAACAACAGAGGGCAAGAAAAUUGGAUGCAGUAAGUUGUCAGCAUUUUUACUUAUUUGGAAAUUGUGGCUGCAGAGAAGAAGAAACAGAUUGUUGCAGAGCAAGUCAUGAUAGACCACUUAUGUAGGGCUGUAAUCAGUGAUCCAGAACAAAAUUUAGCCAUUGAGCGAAAAGAAAGUGAUCAUAUCCUUCCAGAUUCAAAGAUGACACCUCUUCGAUUUAGAAAAAGAACACUACAUGAAACAAAGAUAAGAACUCAUUCUACAUUAACUGAAAAUGUGCUUUCUCAUAAAUUACAAUUUGAUGGUAGGAUCAUAUCACGUAAUGGACGUGAUGCUUGCAGAGAGCUGAUUGGGUUCUUUUUCACUCAUGACCAAUCCCUUACAAUUUAUGAAUAUCGACAAUUUGGGAAAAAUAGAACAAUUGUGCUUCCUUUUAUUCAAAAAAGCAUUUAUAGUCAUCAGUGUGGACGAAGAAAAGGAAAACAGUACCGACUUGGUGAUUUUUAUGUUGGUGCAACCUUGACAUUUUUGAGUUCUGAUGCCAGCCUUCCAGAAAGCAUGAAAGAAAACACGUUUUUUAAACUCCGAAUCACAUAUAUUGAUCAAAUAGCUUUGGAUUCUCUCAAAACUGCUUCUAUGGAACAGGAGGAUGAUAUAAUCAUUCAAGAAACCAAUGAUAGGCUGGUCUUUAAGGCAAUUCAAGAUGUGCUAAAAGAAAAACUACAUAAAAGAGGUGUUCGUAUUUUGACUGGAUUGGGAAAAUACUUUCAACAGUUGGACAAGGAAGAAAAUGGACUUUUAGAUAAGGCAGAUUUUAAGCAAGCUCUAAAAGUGUUUCACUUAGAAGUGUCUGAAAAGGAUUUUGAGUCUGCAUGGCUAAUUCUGGAUGAUAAUGGCAAUGGCAAGGUUGAUUACGGAGAAUUCAAACGUGGUAUUAUUGGUGAAAUGAAUGAAUAUAGAAAAUCAUAUGUUCGAAAGGCCUUUAUGAAACUGGAUUUCAACAAAACUGGCAGCGUGCCUAUUAUAAACAUAAGAAAAUGUUACUGUGCAAAGAAGCAUUCUCAAGUGAUUUCAGGCCAUUCAACAGAGGAAGAAAUUAUAUCAUCUUUUCUAGAAACAUUAAAAGUUGCCUGCAGCAAGUCUGAUGAAGUUUCAUAUGGUGAAUUUGAAGAUUACUAUGAAGGUUUAAGUAUAGAAAUAAUAGAUGAUGAAGAUUUUGUUACCACCUUGCGUACUCCAUGGGGGAUUUAGUCUUUAACAAUACAUAUAUCAUCAGCACUAAGCAUUUUAUUGGAGAGAUGAUUUCAAUGUAAAGGAUGAUCAAACACUGGAAUAUAUUUUCCUAGGACUUCCUUUAUUCUAUUUUUUUGUUUGUUUUUCGUUGAGUAUGGAAAGAACUAUCCAGAAAGAUAGAUGUAGGGGCAUGUGAGUGUUUGUGCAUGUGUAUGCCUGCUCACAUGUCCAUACAUUUGUAAAGAUGUCUUUUUGGUUUAUUACUUAUCUUGCAUAUAUUUUAGAGGUCAUCUUUUAUUAACUUCAAUAGGAAAGUUAUAUCUGCAUCAAACAAUAUGGCAGCAUGUAUUUAUUAACUAAGUUUCCUGUCCUUUCACAUUGUUUUUAGCUAUCUCUUCCUCAGAAUAUAUUUGCCACCAUUGUCAAUUUGAUAAAUUAGAACUGGGCCUAAAGCCAGUGAAAUAAUUCAAUGUGUUUUUAACAUAUGAAAAUAUUAAAGGAUAUGCAAGAGAAAUGUUUCAAGCAGUGUGAUUAUAGAUGUUUUCUGUAUAUAGAAUAUUUAGAAUGAUGGAGGUUUACCCCUAUGAUGCUCAUUUAAAUGCUGACUUGUCUUGUAAAUCUUUGUCUUCUAAAUUAUGUACUGUUGUUGGUUAAAUAGAGCACAAUGUAGUUAUUCUAAUGAUCAGUUGUAUUUGUUCUUUUAUUCUGUUUUUUAACAGCAUCCUUUUUACCAGCAUACAAUUGUUAUUUAGCUAGAAACAAUACAAUAUGAAAGGGAAAUGUUCUUUGUUAAGAUUAAUACAUUAUCUUAUUAAACAAAGAUCCUAAAAGUGUAUUGUUGCAAAUGUGAAUCUAAGGAAUAGUUCAGUAAUUAUUGCCUAAAAUGUGAAAGCAUAUUUUGUAUCCUAAAAUGAAUGUAUGAUAUUCUAAACAUCUCUUUUUGUAUAACAAACAAUUGAAACAUUUCCUUCUAAAUAUAUGUUAUUUAAUAGUUACAUGUAUUGUAGUCAUUCUUUCUAAAUUCUUUGCUAGUCAUUUCUUCCUGGGAAUACAGAGAAAAGAGACAACUUUAUGAGUUGUUUCCAACUUCAUAAUUUUAAAUUUUCUAUGUUAAUGUAACAUAAAUUAGAAAAAAUAAGUGAUUCAAAAAUGAAAAUAUUUACUUUGUAGAAUAUGACUUUAGACAUCACUGUAUCCAUCUAUACUUGGCAGCAGCGUGAGAACUGUGAUACAUGUGAACCCAACAAAUUCAAAGUUACGCUUUUCAAGAUUUGAGAAAGUACUAAAACUUAGUACUAAGAUAUGAGAGGGAAAAUAUGUGUAAACCUCUUAGUGCUAUUUUCACUGGCUAAAUUCUUUAUUUCUUGACUUUUUAAAAAAUUUGGUUUAAAAUUAAAACAAUAUGCUAGAAGACAUUUUGGCAGAAAUAAGUCUAUAACACUAUUUUUGUCACAUAUCUUUUUCUUGGAAAAAUUUAUCCAACUAUAGAAAUCUUAAACCAUACAAAUUGUUCUUGUUAAAAAUGACUAAUACUGGAGGUGCUCAAUAUGCAUAUAGUGUGUUUUUCAUUGAUAAUUUUUAUUUAGUUCUUAAGGAACCUAUUCUUAAUGUUGGCAUGUCAUAUUUUUCUGUUUCUAUAAUCAGAAAAUGUGUAGUCUGUUAUACCGUAAAAAAAAUGGGAAGCUACUUUUGGAAUGUAACAUGUUAACAUGACAGCAUACUCUUAAUAGUCAUCUUAAUCUUCCUAACAUAAGCAUUCACAUGUGGUGAUUUGUAGGAAAUAUCUCUACUUACAAGAUUUUUUUUGGUGUAUUUUGUUAGAAUUGGUGACACAAUAAAUCAUUCUGCUUUUGGAUUUGCCUCACUGCCUGCAUUAUUCUUUGAUUUUGGUAUAGUAAAAUCUGUUAUUUUGUAUUAAACUUAAUAAAAGAGCAUUUAAGAGAAGUGACAUUUCAAACAUCCACAACACAACUGACUUUUGAAAUCCUAUGCUUAAUAGUCUUUGUAAUUCUAAAAGACCUUUUGAAAACUUUAAAAUAUUAUAUGUUGUAAUGUUGUUACCUGAAUUUUAUAGUUAUGUAUAUUUUAUAGAUCUCUAUAUCUUUGUAAGUUACUUGCUUGUAUGUUAUAUAAUUGCUUUCUCAGUUAACCAAACUGUUUAUGGAAUUGUAUAUAUUGAUUUUUCUGUUUUUACAUUUUAAAAAUAAAAGUUUAGGGAAUUUUAAGGAAAAACUCACAUUUUAUUAAAAAGACAAGGGAUAUUAUAUAGGAAUUUUAAGCUAACUUUUAAUGGAAAGGACAUACAUAUUUGAAUGAUGGAGCAAUUGCAGUAUAGUUAAAAAUGUAUGUCCCUGUUUUAAAUUUUAUAGUAUAUAAAUAUAUGUGCUAAUGAACCACUGACUCUGCAGAGAAAAAGUCACUUAGAGUAAUUCAUAAUUUUGAUACAGCUAUAGAUCAUACCUUAUUUUACAUAUUACUUUUGAUUUCCUGUUUAAGUUGUUUGUUAUCAGUUAUUUCAGGAGAGAAUUGUGUACAUCGGGCUAUGUUUACUGCAGAUUAUGUAACAUACUUUUAUGAGAUUAUAGUUUGUAGUGCUUGCAGAUAUAAAACAUGUACCUUGAUAAGCUAUAAUCACUACCAGGUUGACCAGCAAGGACAAACAUGAAGUGCUUAAAAAAAAGAAAGUGCUUAAAAAAAAGAAAUAGAAGGUAAUGAGCAUAUAUAAAACAAGCCAAGCAAGAGAAUAGCAAAGAGAAUCUGCAGAGUAGACAUGGAUGUAUUAGUUUCUGAUCAUGAGAAGAAGCUCUUGUCAUAUCAUUCCAUUUUUAUUUUAAAGUUCUAUAAACUACUGAGGAAAAUUGAUUUCUUGGAUGUACUUAAUAAAGAAUAAAUGCUUCAUAUUGGA